UUUUUUCUUUUUUUUUUUCUGUGGGAGGUAUCGAUUAACUUGACACCAUGAAAUAGUGUGGCCUCAUCAUAUAAUUUUCUCCUUACUAAACCAAUGAGUCACAUGACUCUUACAGUCAGUUCGCGUAGCUUUAAGGUCAGUUUUGGUGAUGGUGGAAAGUCUCCAACUUCAGAUCUAUGUCGCAAGUUCAUGUAAAUCUGGUUCAUAGGUAGAUGUAGCUGUCUUCUUGUUUUCAUGUUUUUCCUUUGGUGGAGCUGAUGCAAUCCUAGGGCUGGCUUGGUUGCAAAGUUUAGGCGGUUUGCAAGGAAACUGGUUGCAAACUUUAGCGGUGGUCUCCCUGAUUUGAUUAUCAGGGUCGACAACAAACAUUGUCAGAGAAAGGGUCUGCACUGAUCUACAAGUUUGAACACAUAAUCCAUUCAUCAAGCUUGAGGUCUCGGAUGGGAAAUGAAAUGGGGUUGAUCAAGUAUUGUACAGUCUACAAAGCUGCAAUAGCAGACGACUGGGAAGCUGCAAGACUCAUAUUUGAAGAAGAAAGAAAUGUCUUCCUUGCCUUCACUUAUUUCAAUGAAAACAACCCAUACACUCCUUUACACAUAGCGGUGGCAACAAAUUGUUCUCACCGCUUUGUACAAGAAUUGGUGGAGUGGAUUAUGCGCGUAGGGGAUGUGCAGAUGCUGAGGUUUCGUGACACAGCAGGACAUAGUGCGCUCCACUAUGCCGCCAUAGUAGGGAAUACACAAGAUGCAAGGCUUCUGAUCGAUGCAGACCCGGAAUUGGCUCAGAUGUCUAGCAUUAAAGGAUGGACCGCCCUGACUUUGGCAGCCGCGUGUCGAAGGAAAGAGGCAGUCAAUUAUUUGCUGCAGGUGACAAAGGAUGUGAUUAAUGAGGAAGGAACUAGUCCUUACCGCGGAGAACUUGGUGCUGACCUUCUGCUCUAUACUAUACAUUCUGAUUUCUAUGAUGUGGCUCUGUAUCUAGUUAAAAAAUACCCGGACCUAGUGACAGAGAGAAAUACAGUUUCAGGACAGACCGCCCUAGAAAUACUUGCCAGAAAACCUAAUGCUUUCCCAAGUGGAAGUAAGCUUGGAUUUUGGCACCGAAUCAUCUAUUCAUGGAUUCCUGUCGACAAGGAAACAACACUGGCCGCCGAACCAUCAGAGGUAAUCACAACCCAAGACGGAACUCACAAAACAAGCUAUGGAGCUUUCGCUUUCUUCUGGAGAGUGUCGCGAUACCUGGCACCGCAUAUCAAGCAGAUGCAUGAAAGCAAAGUAAGGCACUUACAAUCAACACAACUUGUAGAACUAAUGUGCUCCAAUGUCAUGAACAAGGGUGACAAAACACUAGCUUGGGAUGUAUUUGGAGGGGCCAUAUCCACAGCAGUAAAAUCUGGUAUUUAUGAGCUUAUAGAACAGUGCUGCCUUCACUAUCCAGCAAUUAUAGGGUACCAAGUAGAAGGACUGAACUUGGUGAUGGCUGCGAUUAGUGAACGUCAAGAGAAAGUGUACAACCUUGUUUAUCAGAUGUCAGCGUAUAAAGUGUUCACAUCAUCGGAGAAUACCCCCCUAGGAAAUGCAUUGCAUAUUGCUGGCAAGUUGGCGCCUCUGCAUCGCCUCAAUACGGUCACUGGUGCAGCUUUGCAAAUGCAACGCGAGCUUCAGUGGUUCAAGGAAGUUGAAAAGUUUGUUCUGCCUACACGUAGAACACAAGCAAACUUUGAACAUAAAACACCAAGAAUGGUAUUCACUAGUGAGCACAAGGAGCUACUCCAAGAAGCAAAACUAUGGAUGAAGGAUACAUCCUCAUCGGCAACGGUUGUAGCUGCUCUUAUUGUUACCAUAGCAUUUUCAGCCAUAUUUACAGCACCAGGAGGAAACGACAACAAUGGCAAACCAUUGUUCUUAAACGACGGGGUCUUUAUUCUUUUCGCCAUAUCAGAUGCAAUAGCAUUAUUCUCUUCAUCAACCUCUGUUAUGAUGUUGUUAGCGGUACUUAGUUCGCGUUUUGCAGAAGAGGAUUUCCUAUAUUCUUUGCCUAAGAGAUUGACGCUCGGACUAAUCUCCCUGUUUAUAUCUAUAGCUGCUAUAAUGGUUUCAUUCAGUGCAACGCUUUCGCUUGUGCUACGUGAUAAAAUACAGUGGAUUGCUGCACCGGUUGUUUUACUAGCUGUGGUUCCGGUGACAUUGUUUUUAUUGUUGCAGUAUCCGCUACUGGUGGAACUGGUUCGCUCUACAUAUGGAAGAGGCAUUUUCUACAAACAGAAUGAUUUGUUGCUUCAUUAGAGUAUAAACAUUUAGAUUUCAAGCAUAUGAAGCUACGUAAAAGAGAGCGAGAGGAUAUGAGGAGUGAAAGCUGUAUUGAUUCAAAUUACUGCAAUCUACAAUAGAGUUCAUCCUUCA